AUGAAAUGCACCAAUGUUCAAAUAGCUGAAUGCGAAUUUAAAUUCAAAUCGUUAAAACAUCAUUUAGGUGGAAUUAAUUCUGAUCAUGGAUUUUGUGCCGAAGACUGUACGAAUGUGGUGAAGAAAAUAAGUUAUGACCGUAUCUCAAAUUCGUUUAUUGGAUUUUGCACACCGCUCAACAAUGGAGUACCACAACCAAUUUAUUUCGAAACAGAUAAUUUCUAUACAUUAGAAAACUGGUUUAAAACAGCAGAAAAAUCAUCAUUAUUGAAUUUCCAUAUGAUUCAACCAAUAACAUCUAAUUUAUCACAAUCAGCUCCAUUCAUACUGUAUAAACAAAAUUUUACAUCAUGUUUAAAAAUAUCUUCGAAAGAUGUAUUAAGUAUGUUAACUGAAAAUUCAAAUACAACAGCAAUACGAUUUUGUUUAACCAUUAUUCAUUUAACAAUAUUAGCAUAUAUCGAUAAAACAAUAUCUGUUAGUGAUCGUAUUUAUUUUGCGUGGAUAACCGCUUUUAUGUGUCAAUUUUGGUAUAUGUGGAUUCAGUGUAAUUCAUUUAACACACAUUCGUUCGCUCCUAGAAAUAAUUCAAAAACAGCAGUGAAAAAUAAAAAGCGUGAUAAAACAAAAUUUUUUAUCACAAAACCAAUGUUUUUCUCCAUUGAAUUAAAUGCACAUAAUUUAACAUAUUUAACCAUGCAAGUGAUGAAUAAACAAUUACCACCUGAAUCAUUAAAUAUAUAUUUAUUUAGUUCACAAUCACGCGAAGCCACGUUUCGAAAUUGCAGAGCGUUACCUGGAACGUUUUCAUCAUCAACAAAUUUUAAUGUACAGGAGUUUAUCAAACGAAGUGAAAAAUUAGCUGUUUUAAGUGAAAUUAAAACAUAUGAGAAUUAA